AUGUAUUUUGCGACAAUCUUCAAAGUUUGUAAAAUGCUUUAUCAAUUGUUUUGGUUCCUGGCGACGUGUUGCACGUUCGUGGUGAAUACGCUAUGGCUUUGCUGCAACUUUGCCUCGGUCGGUAUUCCUUGGCUGAUGCUGCUUCUCUUCCUCGUUUGCAUUGGAUCGAAGUUUGUGAAGCUAAAAUCACCCACCGACGAGGUUGUGCUAUCGAUGCUGUCCAAGAGCGAAAAAGAACGGGACGCGAGCGAGGCACUGUACUGGCCAAUCGUCAACCGGGGUGGGGCUUUUGAUGCGCCGGAAAACUCACUCGCCGCCAUCAAUCAGUGUGUGGCGCAACGGUGUCAGAAGAUACUGCUCGAUCUGGGGAUUACCGGCGACGGGAAGGCGAUCAUACUGCACAAAUCGACGCUCGAGAAAGCGAAUGUAAAUGAACCGCUACAGAAGCUGAAUUUGAACUUUUUCGACAACUUUAACAUCAGCGAACAUCAUCCACUGGGUCAAUUGUUCCAGCCGGAGAAGGUGUUAACGUUCGAGAAGUUGCUGAAGCUGUUGGAAUCCUCGGAAGUGACCGUCUUUCUGCUGGCUUCACAAAUUAAUGCCACGCUGCUGGAGAUUGUGCGCGAAACUGCAGUAAAGCGUCCGAUUUUUACGAAACGAAUAAUUUUCUGUUGCUCCUCACCGUUAGCAAUCUAUCAGCUACGCCAGCAUUGUCCCGAUCUGGUGUGCGGGUUGUGGAUGGAAAGGUCUUGCUUCACGAUACUGCCACGCUAUCUGAAUACCUCCUCGAUACUGCUGUCCAUUGUUGGUGCCAUUUAUCGAAACAUUAUUGCACCCGUGAUCGGUGUGAGUCUAGUCUUUAUUCAUAAGGAUGAGUUUAAUGCACAAAUCUCAACCCUGUGGAAGAAUGUCGGCGUUCGGCCUAUUGUUUACACAAUAAAUUCGCCGAACGAAAAGCGCUACUUCCAGCAGGUGACCAAAACGCUCUAUCUCACGGAUUCACUCCGCUCCGAACCGCAGCUAAUAUUUAAACCGAAACGAAAAUGAAUAUAAAAGUCAGCA